CAUUCAAAGAAGGCACCCAGCACUGCAUGGCGAGCACUCAAUAAGUGUUAGUCCUUCAUCAACAAAUGCGUUGAGCACCCAGUGGGUGCUAUACCCUGUGCUGGGGUGGAGAUAAAUCAGACUCCCGCAGCCCUUCCUGGAGCAGAUGCCAGCCCACCAUAAGCCACUCAGCAUUUCCUGAACUCCCACUAAGUACAAAAGAUAGUCUGUGUACUGGAGGAAAGCCGCCCUCCCCUACUGCCGUGAAAAACUGGCAGUUUCCUUCCUGCAAAAGGGCAAAUUUGGCCUUGAAUUCAGGAACCCCACAUCCUGAGCCCAGCCCUGCCACCAACUCGGUUCUUGAGUAACGUUGCUGCUACUGUGGUCUUCAGUUUCCUCAUUUGCAAAAGGAAUUGGAUCCGAUUAUCAUUAGGGUCAACUUUCUCCUCCCCCAAAACUGUGGUCUUGCACCUUCAGGGGAGCUAUUGCAGUGGAGACUACUUAGCUGAUAGCCCAAGAUGUGUAACCAAGGCUGGAAUUUCUGUAUCCCUCACCCCACCCCGUGCCUGCCCUCCCCUCCCGGUGCACCACUUCUUUCCUUCUGGUGUUGGCUGGCAGCAUCUGCAUUCUAAGCAGCGGGGAAAGCUUUCGAGUUCCUUGACCUUCAUCUUGACUUGAGCCGAGGUUAGCAUUAAAAACACAAGCCCAGAGGCAGCCAGCCAUGCUCUGCUGCUCCUACUCCCUUCCCGGGACCUGUCCCUGAUGUCAUAACUGGGCAACUAUGACAGCUUGUCAUGGGGACAGCUAGGCACCUCACAGAGGAGUCUGGGUACCUCAUUUCUGAAGUGAGACUAGGAAGAGAAGAUGAACAAUUCCCUGGAUUAUCUGGCCUACCCUGUCAUCGUCUCUAAUCACAGGCAAAGCACAACCUUCAGAAAGAAACUGGACUUUGGCCACUACGUAUCUCACAAGAAUAGAAUACAAAUAGUGAAGCCUACUGUUGAUACCAAACCUCCAGUGGCGCACACAAAUCACAUUUUAAAAUUGAGCAAACUACAGGGUGAACAAAAGAAAAUCAACAAAAUCGAGUAUGAAAACAAGCAACUGUGUCAGAAAAUCGCAAAUGCCCAUCGCGGCCCUGCCAAGGUGGAUUGCUGGAAUGAAUAUUUUUCCAAGAGCUUAAACAGAGAAACAAGGAACCGCGAGCUAGUGAGAAUCACCAUGGAAAACCAGGGCAUUCUGAAGAGGCUUGCUGAUCGCAAACCCCACUAUGACCGCAGGGCAUCUGAGAUAGACUGGCAGAAUUCAAGGCGCUAUAUCAGAAAUACCACGAGAUAUCUUCUCUCCCAAAAUGAAUAGGUUACUCACCAUGGAAAAGAUACAAGAGAAGGCCGUAGGAUUUCUUGGCUGCUUAGUCAAGACACUCCUGACUGGCUGAAUGCUCCAUCUUCAGAUGCUUCAAUAAAGCUUGGAACAUAAAAUGCGUAAGUUA